CAGGUCAAUUGCACGCUUGACAAGAUACAGAACUAAACCACCGCUCAGGACGACUAAGCUUUCACGCCAACCUCCAGUGGCGCUUCCCCAGCAAUCCGGGGUCAACGCGCCGUCCAACAUGCCGUCAUCGCGCCUGCCAGUGACAGACGCUAGAAAUGACGGGAGAACGUCUGGGGCGCCGUUUUCAACCUCAGAUCUCCAUCAUCGAGAUACCCAAGCUCAAUAUCGACUAAGCGCCCGUAUCGCUUGAGCGCUCGGUGACCAGGAAGCUUGCCAUUCAUUCAACAUCACCAAUACCGGUCCUCAUGAUUUCUCCUACGAUACCUCUACUACUCUGGACCACUUUUUCGCCAUGUGUGUCCGCACAGUUAUCCUCGAUCCUAUCAUCGCUCUCCCUCACACCAGUACCUAGCAGUCUCGUAACCGAAGUUACACCCGAAUCCUCCUUUGCAUCUUUAUCCGUAUCACGCAAUACUAGUACAACAGCAUUUCGUUCGUCGACAACAGAGGAAGUGAUUGGCAUAACAGGCGUUGCUCCAACUGCAUCCGGGAAUGCCACCGCGACAACCUCCAUCACGGCUCGCUCACGCCCCACACAAAAUACAACAUCCUGCAAUGGACAUCCGGAGUUCUGUAACAGGCGUUUCUCAAACGUCUCCAUGGUUGUCGCUCACAACAGUCCAUUUGUGAGGCCGCAUAACGCCGCCAGUAAUCAGGUACUCGAGGUAGAAACCCAGCUCAAUGAUGGAAUUCGAGGAUUGCAAUUCGAGACACAAAGACCGAACUCUUCGAGUGCGAUUCGUCUCUGCCAUACUUCUUGCGAUCUCCUCGAUGCCGGAACACUCGAGUCGUACCUCACAACCGUAAGAGAAUGGCUCGGUGACCACCCGUACGAGGUCAUCUCGAUUAUCAUGGGCAACAACAACGGUCAGGACACUCGCAAUGCCGCCACAGACUACAUCGAGCCCUUCCAAAACUCCGGCAUUCUGGAGUACGUUUGGACACCGUCCGCCAGAAACCUGAACUUGACUGAGUGGCCGACACUAUCCGAAAUGAUCCUCAAGAACGAGCGCGUCGUCGUGCUGAUCGAUUACAACGCCGACCAAGAUGCCGUCCCUUGGCUGCUCAGCGAAUUUGACUAUCAGUGGGAAACACCCUUCUCGCCCACCGACCCAUCGUUUCCCUGCACUCAGCAGCGCCCACCCAAGCAGGCUGAAGAAGUCUCUCGCAACCGCAUGUACAUGCUCAACCACAAUCUCAACGUCGAGAUUGCUGUUGCAGGGAUAAGCAUCCUUGUACCGGCAUAUGGCCUUCUGGACCAGGUCAAUGCUGCAUCUGGAAAUGGCAGUCUGGGUCUGAACAUCCAGGGCUGCGAAGAGAUGUGGGGUCGUCCACCGAACUGGCUGCUCGUCGAUUACUACAACUUUGGCAACUUUAACGGAUCUGUCUUUCAAGUUGCGGCGACGGCCAAUGGUGUCUCGUACAAUCACGAUUUAUGCUGUGGUGAGCUGCGCAGAACGAGUGGGUCAAGUGCACUCAGUUUGAAUAGCUCAUGGCUCGUCGCUGCUGUUGGCAUCACGAUUGCAGCUGUGAUGCGAUUGUAAACCACAAGGUCUGCUGUUGUGUUGGUUCUCACUAUUUCUUUCGUUGUUUGUUCGCUUUGAAUAUUGUUCCAACAUAGACGUUACUUGUUGUUCAUCGUCGCAGGCAUUUUGGUUACGAGCGUGGGAAGUAAAAGGUGUUGGUUGGCGUCAUCUUGCACAGUUCUUGUCAUCGUUUCGCUUGUUCAUUGCUACUUCCUCGAGUCAUC